GAACUUCUUAUGUAGUUCACUGUAGGUGACGUACAUUUAGCGUGACAUUUACAAACCUGGCACACAGGCUCAGUGCACUUCGACGUUUAAGUUGUAGUGCUGUGAUUAGGUUUCAAUGUGAACUACAACUACCAAAAUCCCAUUCGUGACGUGUACCCCUUCUACGCUAACAGUGCGCGCGAAAUUUCGAGGGUUGGAGACAAAUCUGACUGACAUGUAGCUUGUGAAGUUGUGUGUUUUUACUUCGUUUAUGUUUUGGUUACAUGAGCUAGCGAUGUGUAUUACAUGUAAUCAUAUAGUAAAACGUCCAUGUAAUGCGUUUAAGCUAGUUGCCAGACAGUAGUAAUGUGAUGUGGUAACGAUACACAAGUGAAAAAAGUAAUGGUAAUUACCUCGGUUAGUGAUCUUUGCUAGAAAAUUGAUGCCAUGUGUAUUUAGCUAACCUUAGUCGAACCUUAGCUAGCAGGCGUCCUCUUGAUUCAGGGAACUCAAUUUCCGCAGUGCCAGAAAUGUCUUCAUAUUUGCCAGCAGUCGCCGAACAACUUUUAAGAGACAUAAGGAAGGUUUAUCAAGAGACAUCACAAAUUCCUGAUGACCUCCUUCUGGCGCUGAAGUUUGUGUUCGGGCCCUCGGCCCUGCAGGCCCUGGACCUGGUGGAUCAGCGCUCCGUCACCUGCCUGUCAUCGCCGAGCGGGCGCACUGCCUUUCAGGUGAUUGGAGGGUCGGGACGCCCGUACACCUGCUACACCUCCUGCCACUACUGCCCCUGCCCGGCCUUCGCCUUCUCCGUCCUCCGGAGGAACGACGGCCUGCUGUGUAAACACAUUCUGGCUGCCUACCUCUGCCAGACCAUGGGGCUGUCCCAGCAGGAGGUGGUCAGCAACCAGCAGAUGUCUGACAUUCUCUCUGGAAAAGCAGGCCGAGGCACGUAGGCCCCAAGCCCCGGAGGUCAGUGCUCCAGCCCCCAGCCCCCAAACCCCCCACCCCGCCCACACCCGGCAUCCCUGGAGUGCAUGCUUGCGUUUCUCUUUUCUCUUUCCAAAGCCAGGGCGGUCAAACCUGUUUUGGCGAUCUUUCAGAAAACAUAUUUUGACUGUUUGUUUUUCAUGCAUAAUGGCAUGAGUGCUACAGUAUAAUCAAAUAACAACAUCACUAACUUGCCAGAAUAUAACUUUUUUUUUUUUUUUAAACGAUGUUAAAAAUGAGCUGCUGCCCUCGGCAUGGAAUCACUGUGUUUGUAGGGAAACGGAUCGUCGCCUGUGCGACUUUUAGGGUGGGGGUUUUUUUUUUUUUGUAGUAUUCGUACAAUAAAACAAAUAUACUGUACGCAUUUACUGCUAUGCACUGUUAUGGGAUGAGGCAUUUAAUGAAAUGUGUACUCUUAAAACGUCUCCGUUUCAAACAGCAGCCUUGUGGCUUCAAAAUUCCAUUGCAGUUGGUGACUCGAAUCGACCAGGCUGACGUCCCCUUUCCGCCUUCAUAAAAAACCUGUUCUUACUGUAAAACCUAAAUGCUUUAUACCACGCUGUAGACAAGACCUUGGUGAAGAAAAACAUGUAAAAAAAUCUCGUUGUUCAAACUAGAUUUCCCUGUGACUUUGACCGAUGACCUAUUAACAUCUGAAAUGUUUCGCCAGUGAGUUUUUCUUGUGAUCAAACUUGUAGUAGUGCGAGCGCAAAUGCUCUCAAAACAGUCAAGUGAGCCCAGAUGGCAGUUUUGAGAGCGUGGAAGGCCCGUUGUGAUGUGCGUUGCAGGCAGAGCGGUCCGCCUCCCGGCUCAUCCCCGGGUGGGUCGCUCGGCGAGCGGGCGCUCCGCGUCGCUCCCAGCGGCCGAACAGCUUCUUCAUUUCCCCGCGCCGGGGGCGGCUCGGCGACGGGCUGCCAUUUAAGGACGCCUUCGAUUCACGCUCAAGGCCGCUAACGCUGGAAUGGUGUCCUGCACUGCCACCCGGGUAACAUCCUUUUUGAGGCAUUUGGAAAUGCUGACUUGGCAAUCGGAUGGCCUCCUGGAACACAUUCAGCUGUUUCAGGGAGGCCUGAUGAUUCAUGCAACUAAUUAAAUGUGAAGGCAUGUGAAAGAUGAUUGGGUGAUAAUGGUCAACAGACGCUUUCAUGAUGAAAAGCUUUGUCAGGUACUUGUUUAAACAGUCUGCCUUGAAAAGAUCGUUGUUUGGUGUUUGCAUUUAAGAAAUCUUCUAUAUUUUACUAGACCUAACCAGGACCCUAAAUUUUCGUUCACAAUAUUGGAUGUUUAAAAAUUGAAUGUCACUCACUCCUUUAUAAAUAUAACCUGUUAACAUUUGUUUAGUUGUUCUACCUGAUUGGUCAGUCUCCAAAAAUUGGAUACAUCCCCAAAAGAUUUAAGCUGGCUUUUUAAUUGGUUGUGUAUAAAGGAAUCAUUUUUGUAGGUCAGUGUAGUGUUUUGUUGAUGCAGCAUUAGUUUUUUGCCUGAGUAUUUUGUCUAUGGCCAUAAAAAUGUACAUCUGUUUCCUGAGCUUGUGGUUUCUUUCUAGACAUUUCUGUUUAUUUAAAGAUGACACUAUCAUGCUACUGCCAGCACUGAACAACUAAGUUGUCAAAUCCAUUCUGUAUUUCCAUGGAAUUUUUUUUUUGGGGGUGGGGGGGGGGGGGGUUAUUGCAUAUAUGGAUUGUGUGAUUACUUGCUCAAUGUAGAAUGCAGUCAAGACUGUUCAAACCGUAAUGUAAUGCUAAUGUUAUUGCAGCUGCCUACUUGAGACGCAUCUCUGCAAUGUUUGCAAUUUCAUUUUUGUGAUUACGUGACAAAAAAAAUAAAUAAAUCAAGUGUCCAGCUGUGUGAA